CAUGUCACUCUUCCUCUCCGCGCAUGUUCCGCUUUUCCCGUUCAACGUUCUAUCCUACGAUGUCCACGACUCCCUCGACUGCCGGAUUUUCGAAGCGCAGCUGUUCUCCGAAUACCUCUCGGAUUUUCAAGAUUCACAUGAGCAAAAUACCUCAAACGGCGAAAAAGGUGCCAGGAUAGGGAAGAGGUGUACAUUCCCACAAUUGACUGUCGCCUAAUCUUUGUUUUGUACACAUGUAUUACAUAUUGAUACCCGUUACUAUGUAUUGUAUUACCAGCACUACUCUUAUUGUCCCUGUUUUGAAAUCCAAGCCCUUUACGAGGACGGCGUGACUUGCCACUCGACCACCAUCACUAUACGAUGAGCCUCGUUGACAGACCGUUCUAUUCAGCAAGGCCAGAAUGGAAGGACGUUGAGCCUUUGGAACAGUACGAG